GUCCCUACCCCCCUUCCCUACACAGCUCCUAUUUUUAUACCAGCAUCCCCGCCAUGGGGACAUCAACUGAAUUAAAAAGGGGAGUGGGAAUAAUAAAGGGGGAUAAAACCAUCUCUUGGAUGUAUGUCCCUGAGACUGUGCGCCAGGAGCUCAUUAUCAAGUUGAACCCCGACAGUAUAAUAUCGGGCAAUGACUGGAGGAUGCUAGCUUUCAAUCUGGGAUUUACUCAAGCUGUCAUUUCAGUAAGUUGGUGGCAUCAGAAUUAAGUAUAUUUUAGUUUGAAGCAGCUUGUCUCUCAACAAAAAUGUGUUCCAUUUCUGUUAGGAGGUGACAUCGAAAUUAAAUUGAUUCAGCUUAAUAAGCAGCUUGUGUCCCAUUUCAAUUAGCUGGUAGUGGUAUCAACAUCAGAUUGAUUCUGUUAAUUUAGCAGCUUGUGUCAAGCAAAAAAUAGAAAUUAAAACACAUAUAAAUAGAUACGUUUUUUUUCGGUAACUUAAAACCCAUUGGAUUCCAAUUUUUCAUUCAUACAGGAGCAGUGUAUAUUAUAAGUAUUUAACUAUUAUAAAUCCUAAAGAAUAAAUCAAAAUAAAAUUUAAAAUUUUUUUUCCAGCAUGUGCCAGUUGUCUAACCGAAAAAUGGAUUAACUGUUGUACUGUUUGCUGUUUCAGUUCAUAGAGUCUGAAAAAGAUACGAACACAAGCUGUCUGUUUAAGAUGUACGAUCAAAGGCCGGAUGCUUCUCUCAAUGAAAUUUACAAGUUUUUGGAGGAGAUGGAGAGGACAGAUUGCUUAGAGAUUAUCGACAGGGCGUACCCAGGUGAGGUUCAUUUGGGGGCCGUCCCACAUGGAAAUGAUAUCCAAAUGAAAUUAAAUAUGCAUGCCUCCAGGAUGUGAUGCAAAUAAAAGUUGUAGGUUUUCAACUUUGGAUGAACUCUGCAUAAAGAUGAAUAUAUUUUCACUGUUCAGUACAUCAGUUCUUAGUCAUUUUAUCAAAGGUCAUGAAUAAGGGAUUUGGCAGACAGCUGUGGAGAGCGGUUACCGGAAAUGAGUAUGAAACCAAUCUUUUUCUAAACCAAUUUUUACAAAGAAAUGUUGGAAUGGAGGUUAGUUUGAACUGAAGUAUUUUUCAAAAUGAGAUUUUUUAAAAAGCGAAUAAAAAAAAUCAUUAAAAAAUAUUUUUUAAAGGGAAAGCGAGUGGGAGAAAUUUGUAAAAUGUUAACUUUUUAAUAAUAUAUAUAUAUAUAUAUAUAUAUUGUCCGCCCCCCCUCCCUCAUUAUUUCCAUUUGAACAAUGGUGGGGAACUACAUUGAUAUGUUUUCUUUUAGAGAACUCGUCUUGUAAUAAUAAUUUAAAAAUGUGAAGUUAAAUAUUUUUUUCAAAGCUUAUGCAUCAGUUUAACAGGAAUUAUUUCUAUCUAGCCUUGUCUUCUAAGUUGGACUGCUUGUUUUAAAUCUAAAAGCGUAAAAAAUGUAACCAAACAGGUUAGUCUCCUUUUAACAUCGAAUCCUAAGCUUUGGGAAAAAUUUAUCUUUGCACAGAAAUCUACAAAAAGGCCACUGAGCAAAGUAAUCAAGGCGCCAUGUUUAGCCUAGAGAGUUCCGAUCAGAGGCACCCUGGGCGAUACCCAUGGGCAACCACUGCCUGCAGCCACAGUAGUUACCCGUCCCUGUCCAGCCCGCCAGUCUGCAUGAGCCACACCCAUUGUACGUGUCACUUCCCCAGCUGUCCCGUCAUGACUAGUCGUGGCCACCAAGCUGGAAUGCCUCCAUCUAAUUACCAUUAUCAGACGCAGACAGUCCACCCCAACACAGGAUGCAAUGGCAUGAAGCAUUCUCCCAUGCAUGAGCAAGUUUGGUGAGUUUCAAACUGAAAUAAAAAUAAAUGUAUCCAGGGUAAAUGAUUUAUUCAGCAGACUGCAUAAAUCGAAAUAACUUUUAGGCAUAACGUCUUUAUAGACUCUCUAUUUAGAGAUAUAUUUAUAGUAGAAGGCGUAGUGAUGCAUACAUUUAUACUGACUGCAAGUUUAGAAAAAAACUAACUAAAUGAUUUUAAAUGUUUCAGCCCAAUGUUUUGUUUGAUUUCUGUUCUAUCUAAAGCAAUAUAAUUUAUAUACUUUCUUUCUACUUUUCUCUCAACAGCAAUGGAAACUUCUCCCCCAUGUCAUCCCCACCCCAUUCAGCAAAGUUUUGUUGUGGCUCCCCACACAUGCAAAUCAUGAACAGUUCACCACCCGGUGUUUUACAAUGUCCUCAAACUUUUUCUGAUAAUCAAGCUUAUGGCCACAGUGGACGGUCGAAUUUUAAUUCUGGAUAUCAUUCCGGUUAGUUUUUGAUCAAUGGUGUUCAGAUCUGGUGCAUGAUCUAUAAGUUCAACAUUUCUAUUUAUCUAGGCCAGUGCUCGGCCCAUUUUCUCUGUGAUUAUGCCCCAGCUAUUGGAAAGCAGCAGUUUACAAAAAUCAAGUCCUUUAAAAAAAUCAAGUCCUUGUCCAGGGAUGGUUUGAAGUUGAAUAGAACCCAUCUGGUUUUUAGAAUGUUGUGUAGCUUUCAUUACGUUAGCCCUGGUCACAACUCUCUGAUGAUGUGCCAGGUUAGCUGUCAUUACAUUAGCCCUGGUCACAACCCUCUGAUCGUGUGCUAGUUAAGCUGUCAUUACAACCGUCUGAUGGUGUGCCAGUUUAGCUGUCAUUACAUUAGCCCUGGUCACAACCCUCUGAUGGUGUGCCAGUUUAGCUGUUAUUACAUUAGCCCUGGUCACAACCCUGUGAUGGUGUGCCAGUUUAGCUGUCAUUACAUUAGCCCUGGUCACAACCCUCUGAUGGUGUGCCAGUUUAGCUGUCAUUACAUUAGCCCUGGUCACAACCCUCUGAUGGUGUGCUAGUUUAGCUGUCAUUACAUUAGCCCUGGUCACAACUCUCUGAUAGUGUGCUAGUUUAGCUGUCAUUACAACCAUCUGAUGGUGUGCCAGUUUAGCUGUCAUUACAUUAGCCCUGGUCACAAACCUCUGAUGGUGUGCUAGUUUAGCUGUCAUUACAACCAUCUGAUGGUGUGCCAGUUUAGCUGUCAUUAAAUUAGCCCUGGUCACAACCCUCUGAUUGUGUGCUAGUUUAGCUGUCAUUACAACCAUCUGAUGGUGUGCCAGUUUAGCUGUCAUUACAUUAGCCCUGGUCACAAACCUCUGAUGGUGUGCCAGUUUAGCUGUCAUUACAUUAGCCCUGGUCACAACCCUCUGAUGGUGUGCCAGUUUAGCUGUCAUUACAUUAGCCCUGGUCACAACCCUCUGAUGGUGUGCUAGUUUAGCUGUCAUUACAUUAGCCCUGGUCACAACCCUCUGAUGGUGUGCUAGUUUAGCUGUCAUUACAUUAGCCCUGGUCACAACCCUCUGAUGGUGUGCUAGUUUAGCUGUCAUUACAACCACCUGAUGGUGUGCCAGUUUAGCUGUCAUUACAACCACCUGAUGGUGUGCCAGUUUAGCUGUCAUUACAACCACCUGAUGGUGUGCCAGUUUAGCUGUCAUUACAACCACCUGAUGGUGUGCCAGUUUAGCUGUCAUUACAACCACCUGAUGGUGUGCCCUCAAAGCUCUUUGGUAGCUGCUGUUUGUUUUUAUGUCAGAUCCCCGAGGUGGUUCAGACAAGGAUGUCUUGUGUUAAGUGCUCGGUGGUUCAGACGAGGAUGUCAUGUGUUAAGUGCUCGGUGGUUCAGACAAGGAUGUAAUGUGUUAAGUGCUCGGUGGUUCAGACGAGGAUGUCAUGUGUUAAGUGCUCGGUGGUUCAGGCAAGGAUGUCAUGUAUUAAGUGCUCGGUGGUUUAGACAAGGAUGUCAUGUGUUAAGUGCUCGGUGGUGCAGACGAGGAUGUCAUGUGUUAAGUGCUCGGUGGUUCAGACAAGGAUGUCAUGUGUUAAGUGCUCGGUGGUUCAGACAAGGAUGUCAUGUGUUAAGUGCUCGGUGGUUUAGAUGAGGAUGUCAUGUGUUAAGUGGUCGGUGGUUCAGACAAGGAUGUCUUGUGUUAAGUGCUGGGUGGUUCAGACAAGGAUGUCAUGUGUUAAGUGCUCGGUGGUUUAGAUGAGGAUGUCUUGUGUUAAGUACUGGUUGCUUCAAGGGUUGGCCGCUUGAGAUUGAAUACAUUCCCACUACCUCAGUCAUCAGUGCUUGAGAUUGAAUACAUUCCCACUACCUCAGCCAUCAGUGCUUGAGAUUGAAUACAUUCCCACUACCUCAGCCAUCAGUGCUUGAGAUUGAAUACAUUCCCACUACCUCAGUCAUCAGUGCUUGAGAUUGAAUACAUUCCCACUACCUCAGUCAUCAGUGCUUGGAUUGAAUACAUUCCCACUACCUCAGUCAUCAGUGCUUGAGAUUGAAUACAUUCCCACUACCUCAGUCAUCAGUGCUUGAGAUUGAAUACAUUCCCACUACCUCAGCCAUCAGUGCUUGAGAUUGAAUACAUUCCCACUACCUCAGCCAUCAGUGCUUGAGAUUGAAUACAUUCCCACUACCUCAGCCAUCAGUGCUUGAGAUUGAAUACAUUCCCACUACCUCAGUCAUCAGUGCUUGAGAUUGAAUACAUUCCCACUACCUCAGUCAUCAGUGCUUGAGAUUGAAUACAUUCCCACUAUCUCAGCCAUCAGUGCUUGAGAUUGAAUACAUUCCCACUACCUCAGUCAUCAGUGCUUGGAUUGAAUACAUUCCCACUACCUCAGUCAUCAGUGCUUGAGAUUGAAAGUAAUAAAAAGAGGAGGGAGCCAAGUACUAUCUUCCUCCAGAAUAGCAGGGCAUUAACAAAACAUCACCAUAGCUAAGGUUUUAAACUGGAGCUGCUCACUUGAGGGUGUGGGGGGAGAAAUGGCAGGGCAUGAAGAAAAUGUUUGUUACAUGGGGUUUUAGGCUGGAGCUGCUAAUGUCGUCGUGGGGGAUGGGGGGUGGGUGGGGAACAGUUUUAUUAUGAAUGUUGGUUGACUAAUCACAGCUUAUCUCCCAUCACAGAGACAAUGAACAGCAUGUUGCCAGAAACAGAUCUCUCCUGUAGUAGUCUGCUCCAUUCAGUGAACAACAACAAUGAAAACGGCACAGCAGCUAUGGCGAAGUUUGCACACAGGACACAAGGUUUCUGAAGACAGUUAUCUAGACCAGUGGUCCCCAAAUGGCGGUCCGUGGACCUUCACCGGCCCGCAUGCCUAACGCUGCCGGUCCCAAUAACAUAAAUAUUUAUUGUCAAAUAGAAAUAAAAGUAUAAAAAUAAAUCAUGCACCGGUCCCUGGUAAAAUUUCGAAACUUUUUCACCGGUCCGCCAAACUUGAAAGUUUGGGAACCACUGAUCUAGACAAUAUAUGCUUUGCAGUUUCCAAACUAUAAUUUUUCUCCAUUUAAAUGAGCAAAUUAUACUUUUCUACAGUGUACAAAAGGGCAUUUUAUAAAUGAAGUCUUGUGUCGGGGGGACGGAUGGGGAGGAUUUCACCAGUUUGUGACCAGGUGUGAUGUAAGACAAAUUGACCCAAAUAGUGUGAAGUCAUUUAUGGUUUGACCCCAUACAUUCCAAAUAAUGGGACCUUUGAACAGUUUGAUGUGUAUCCCUGAAAUAGCUCUGCUAUAAAAAAAUAUUUUUGACCAACAUGAGAAAAAAUUUUCUUUGAAAUGUUGUAGUAAUCACAAUAAAUAUUUUAAAAAAAGACAAUUUUUAGAUAACAGUUAAAAUUCCUCAUAUAUACAUAUACACCACAUUUCUUGUAAAUAUUCUUGACAAACAUAUGAAUGGAAAAUAAAAUUAUUAAAACUUCAUUAAAUAAAUUUAAGAAAAGCGAUGUCAUUAAUUUGAAACUGUUUAUUCAGGGGAAAACAGAAAAGGUUGGGGGAGAGGGGGGGGGGGGAAUCCUUUGAAUUGUAAAAAUAUUGAAAAGAAAACAAACUUGCUGGUCCUGUUUGCUAGCUGAAGAGAUAUCAUAUUUUAAAAACACAGACCCUGGUGGACAACUGCUGAUAGAAAUUAAAUUCUUGAAAAUUAAAAUUGUUAAUGACACCCCUUAUUAUCCCCUUAUUACCCCUUAUUAACCCAACAGAAGAGGGAUUUCAACGUUGUGUUUUUAUUAAACUUUAAAAAUCCUUGUUUUUUGUUUCAGUUCCACUGCCAAACAACAUAUGUGUUUCAGACAGCGGCAUGGACGGCACGGUGGCGGGGCGACAAAAAAUGGCGAGGCAAUAUUCGGAUGAGUGCAACGAGUCCCAGGGUUUAGUUGGAGACAAAAGGCUGAAGCAGAGCAACGGAUGUAGCAUUGGUGAUGCUGCGGACCAUCAAGAGUUCCUGUCGCAGUCGUCUGAUGACUCUGCAAUGUCCAACCCUGGAAGUUUUGCCAUGCACAAGCACCAUGGGGUGUUUGCAGACCACAACAACAAACAGUUUGCCCACAAGGGUGUUCACAUGCCGGGCACGUCUAAGCCCAGUGGUCAGGAUGGUACGAGCCUGGUACAUUUGAAGUCUAUGGCUGAAUUCCCAGACAAGUACAAACCAACUAAUGAGUACAAACGUGUGGUCGCCGAGCAGAAGGUGAGAAACGCUUUGUAUGCAUUUAAUUGAAGAUUAAUACUUCAUAGGUUUAUGUGAGCUCUUGGCUUCAGUUUAAAAAAUUGAACGGCUUUCCCUCAAAAUGUGGUCAACUGGUAGUGCCACCAUUUACACAUCUGAUGCACAUUAAGUGUGCCAACAAGUCCAGUCUCUGUCUUGGAACAACCCGGGACAAAAUUUGAACCCACCAACCUUGGUGGAGAGGCUGUUCGACGUUACUGUCGAGCUGCAGGGUGUAUAGAGAAUGGAUUGUUGUAUUAAUAAUAUUUUUUUUUUAGAAAGUUAGAAAUUAUUGUAACCACUCUCUUUUGAUGAUUUUCAUCUUACUCAUGCAUCAGAAUAUGCUUCUUUAUUUAUAUUUCAAGUGUCAUUUCAUUUAUUUAAUAAUAAUACAGUGGUCUUGUAUAGCGCGGUACCACAGCUUAGGGCAGGGCUCACAGAGCUUCACAUAAAAAUUUGCAAAAAUAAACAUGACAUUAAAAAUUUCCUUAAAUUUAUUUAUUUAAAAACAGCUUUAUAAAAAUAUUCAUCUUGCCUAAUCCAGAACUCAACAGUUAGUCCAAUCCCAGAGAGCCACUCUGUGGUCAACGAGUUAAUUCAGUUAGUCCAAUCCCAGAGAGCCACUCUGUGGUAAACGAGUUAAUUCAGUUAGUCCAAUCCCAGAGAGCCACUCUGUGGUCAACGAGUUGAUUCAGUUAGUCCAAUCCCAGAGAGCCACUCUGUGGUCAACGAGUUAAUUCAGUUAGUCCAAUCCCAGAGAGCCACUCUGUGGUCAACAAGUUGAUUCAGUUAGUCCAAUCCCAGAGAGCCACUCUGUGGUCAACGAGUCAAUUCAAUUAGUCCAAUCCCAGAGAGCCACUCUGUGGUCAACGAGUCAAUUCAAUUAGUCCAAUCCCAGAGAGCCACUCUGUGGUCAACAAAUCAUUUGUUCUAAGAGACUUUGAUUAAUCCAACAAAAACAUUGAAAUGUCUACAGAUUGAUACAGAGAAAAAGAAAAGAAGUGACAAGGACUCGCUGGAUUCCCAGUCGUCCUCCAGCAGCAACGGUUCAUCCGCGGGGAGACCUCGGCCAUCGUCGACCUUUCCCCUGAGGGUCAAGGCCAAACACGAGCGACCGGUUGAGGAAAUCACGGCAUCCCUCACCAUCUCUAAGAAAUCUGCCUCGAUGCCACAAAACAUGAAACCCGUGGAGUACCGGAAAGGUUGGUUGAGACUGCUUCCUGCAGUUAACAUCAUGUCUGUUUAUUUCUUGUGUCUUUUUGCUUGACAUCAUGUCUGUUAAUAUCAUAUAUAACACAUGUCUGUUUAUUUCUUGUGUCUUUUUGCUUGACAUCAUGUCUGUUAAUAUCAUAUAUGACAUCAUGGCUGUUUAUAUCAUAUAUCACAUCAUGGCUGUUUAAAACAUAUAUCACAUCAAGUCUGCUUACAUUUAUAUCACACGACUUUAUAUCACACCAUGUCUAUUUCAGAAGUGGUCAUAUUUUCUAGAUCAUGAAAUGGAAUAGAUGUUUUCCCUGUAACGAAAAUACGAAAUAUGUUUUAUAAAUGACCCAAGGAUAAAAGUAGACAUUUUAAAAUCCUGGCCUUUAUAAAUAUGAAAAAUAAGAUCAUUGCCACUGAAUGUGCUUCAUGAAUUUUACAUAUUAUUAUACCAUGCAACUCUUAAAGUUGAAUAAAAGAAAAUAUGAACCGGAAAUUACAAAAUAAGUAUUUUUUUACUAAUUAUGUUGAUGUUCAAUACAUAUAUUUUACUAAAUAACUAUUAAUAAUUAUUUUUUUACAAGUCCAAAAAUUGUAUCUGUGACACAUUUGACUUUCUUCCAUGACCUUCAUUCACAGCCUUCCGCAAUACCAAAGUCUUUGUGACCUACAGCUACGAUGAUGAAAACCAUGGGAAACAAGUUCUGUCCCUUUGUAAAUUUCUCCAAUCCAAUGGCUUCGCUUGCUGUGUGGAUGUUACUGAAAAACCCCCAUCAAGUGGCCGGGAAUGUGUCGAGUGGUGUAGAAAACGGAUAACGGAGGUAACUGUCAAUUUGUCUGCAUCUCUAUAUUAGUACACACGGUACAAAACGCCGUCACAUCUAAGGACACUGGUCAUUUUGUAAGAGGUUUCAUUCAGUCCUCCGACUGAUGUCUAAGGCAGCUGCUAAGGUGCGCCUGUUCUGUCUAUCGGCUGUUUCCGUGGGAGCUUCUGUAUGGCAUGUGUGUGUGUAUCCUACCCGCAAUGUCAAUAUAUCCGAAGGUUCGGCCGAUGGAGUUGAUUAAAAGACACAGCCAUGGAUGUAUCUGCCUCCGCAAAAACCAUAGGAUCACAUUUUGCUCCGGGGAUGGGGGGUGGGGGUGGGUGGGGUGUGGAGGUCAUACUGAUCUACCCAUCUUAAUGUGUAAGGUCUUAUGUAAAGGAAGCUAGCCCUUUGGGAAGGGUACGUGAAUAGGGGUUUUUUGGGGGGGGGGUGAGUUUCCGCUCAGGUCGCUGAUGGCAUUCCUUAUGAACGAUUUUCAGUAGGAAUGUUAACAGGGGGCGCUGUGUAUAUAUUUAACUUAGAAUGUUAAUCGGGGAUGCUGUGGAUGUAUUCAAGUAGAAAUGUUUACUGGGGAUGCUGUGGAUGUAUUCAAGUAGAAAUGUUUACUGGGGAUGCUGUGGAUGUAUUCAAAUUGGAAUGUUUACAGGGGAUGCUGUGGAUGUAUUCAAAUCGGAAUGUUUACUGGGGAUGCUGUAGAUGUAUUCAAAUUGGAAUGUUUACUGGGGAUGCUACGGAUGUAUUCAAAUUGGAAUGUUUACUGGCGAUGCUGUGGAUGUAUUCAAAUUGGAAUGUUUACUGGGGAUGCUACGGAUGUAUUCAAAUUGGAAUGUUUACUGGGGAUGCUACGGAUGUAUUCAAAUUGGAAUGUUUACUGGGGAUGCUGUGGAUGUAUUCAAAUUGGAAUGUUUACUGGGGAUGCUGUGGAUGUAUUCAAAUUGGAAUGUUUACUGGGGAUGCUAUGGAUGUAUUCAAAUUGGAAUGUUUACUGGGGAUGCUAUGGAUGUAUUCAAAUUGGAAUGUUUACUGGGGAUGCUGUGGAUGUAUUCAAAUUGGAAUGUUUACAGGGGAUGCUGUGGAUGUAUUCAAAUUGGAAUGUUUACUGGGGAUGCUACGGAUGUAUUCAAAUUGGAAUGUUUACUGGGGAUGCUACGGAUGUAUUCAAAUUGGAAUGUUUACUGGGGAUGCUACGGAUGUAUUCAAAUUGGAAUGUUUACUGGGGAUGCUACGGAUGUAUUCAAAUUGGAAUGUUUACAGGGGAUGCUACGGAUGUAUUAAAAUUGGAAUGUUUACUGGGGAUGCUACGGAUGUAUUCAAAUUGGAAUGUUUACUGGGGAUGAUACGGAUGUAUUCAAAUUGGAAUGUUUAAUGGGGAUGCUACAGAUGUAUUCAAAUUGGAAUGUUUACUGGGGAUGCUAUGGAUGUAUUCAAAUUGGAAUGUUUACUGGCGAUGCUGUGGAUGUAUUUAAAUUGGAAUGUUACUGGGGAUGCCGUGGGUAUAUUCAAGUAGGAAUUUAACGGCAAAACGUUGUGCUGAAACAAUUUUUACUCAUGGGCUCUUUUUCUUUUCUUCUUCAGCCUGCUUCAAUAUUCUUCUUUUUCUUUUUUUGCCUGUUCAACUCCCAGUGUAGCAUAGGCCAUUAACAAUUUCUUUCCAAAUCUUCCGGUUUUUAGCUAUCUUCUCCUUUAUCCAGUCUUUGUUACAACCUUGUCAGCAUCUUAAUUUUUUUGGGGGAUUUUCCUGGUUCUCUUGAUCCUUGAGGGUUUCCAUGCCAUCGCUUGUCUUGUUCAUUUUUGACAGGAGUUUUCUGAUGAUAUGACCCAACCAACACCACCUUCUCUUCUUGAUUUUCUAGCUCCACUGCUUGUAUAUUAUUUUUGUCUUUUAGUGAAAUCUUUAUUUAUUUUUUUUUACAAUCAUUUAAGAAGCAAAGUGGACUUAUCUUAUUAAAUAAUACUGAAUAACUAAAAGUUCACCUCACUGCGCUUAUUUAAUGUAUUCAUCUAAUGGAAGUAUACAAUAAAAAUAUGCUGUAAACAAAAUCCUUAGAUCAGGGGUCUCAAACUCGCGGCCCGCAGGCCAUUCGUGACCCGCUAGACGAUAUUUUACGGCGGGCUACCUGACAGCAAAGUUUAGAGUUAAUGUGGCCGGCACAUUUCCCCAUUCUCAUAUCUAUAAUGUGACCCUCUGCGACGGUUUCAGUCGAAUCUCUCCGACUAGUCUAAUUCUGAUUUUUAUUCUGAUUGUAUAGGUUUGGACGUUGAUUAUAAUGGUAAAAACCCUUCUUAAUUCGGAAAAAAAGAUUUUACUUUAGAACAUUUUAUGAGACAAAAAUGGUCAAUGUCGACAAUGUGCGCUUGUGAGAAAAGACGUUUCGAAUAUUGUAUAUACAUAUAUCAAAAGUUUUAAAAGUCAUUCAGUGGGUAAUACACAACCAUAAUUGUGUAAACUGUAGCAAUUUGAUGCAGUAGCAAAGAAUCUCUAGUAAAAUUGCCGCUAGUGUGUACAUGAGUGAGGAAAAUUCUGAGCCUGUCAGCUUGUUCACUUUCAAAAUAGGUUUAGACUAGUCAUAAAGGCCUUUUUUACGAUACAAAAAAAAUAUAUCGAAAUUCAUUCUGCCUACAAUAGCAUCUUCCUUUGUAUCACUAAUUCAUAAAUAUUGCCUGCUCCUAUCUUCUGUUUGAACAUGUUUUAGUUUUGAAAUCGCUAGUGGGAAUUGCAAUAUUUUGUUUUUAUUUUUUUAUUUUUUUCGUCUUUGUUUACCAGAAACUCAUGAUUUUCAUACCAUUCAUUAGCUGAAUACUUUUACUUUAGAUCACUGUGAAUUUUUUUCCUUACCAAGGAUAUAAUGCCAUUAACAAUGAUAGGCAAUGUGACGGCCGGGUCUGCUUGUGGAGUUUAGGGGUGACGCGAUGCUCAUCAUUUGAGUUUUAAUGUCUUGUUGGCCUAAUUUUGUAAUCGCUUAAUGCGGCCCAGUCUCACUCAGACUCUACCUCCUGCGGCCCCCGGAUAAUUUGAGUGUGAGACCGCUGGCUUAGAUGCAAUGUCUUCCAAACUUUUGCAUCACUGCCAGUGGCACAAGGGGUGUGCCCGUCAGUGUUUGGAGACCACUGAUAUAGAGUUUUUCUUGCAGUACAAUGCCUAACAUUUUUAUUUUUUUUCUCCUUUUUCUAAUGAUCUAAUUUAAGAUCCAUUUUUCUUGCCUGACUAAUUCCGGUUGUAUUUUUAAAAUAUAUUAUGAUAAAAUAUGUCCCAAUGAAUUAAUAACGGUUGUAUUUUUAAAAUAUAAUAUUACGAUAAUAUAUGUCUCAAUCAAUUAAUUCCAGUUGUAUUUUUUAAAUAUAAUAUGAUAAAAUAUGUCUCAAGCAAUUAAUAUUAAGUGACAUUUGAAUUUUCAGGCUGAUUUCAUACUGGUGUGUGUCUCCCCCAAAUACAUACAAGACAUUUCAAACAAAGUUCCACCAAAAGUCACUCAGGGUAAUGGUCGCCACCUUCAUGCAUGGGAGAUUUUUGACUUCAUGAAGAAUGAGUACUUUGACAACCUUCGGCACUGCGCGGCCACCAAUGGUCAGGGCGUCCAGCCUUCCCGGCUCGUUCCCCUGCUGUUUGGUGGCAUGCAGGCCGAUGCCCUGCCCCAGUGGAUGACCAGGAACAGACCUUCCUACAUCUGGCCCAAGGAGUACCUGGAUCUGGCCUGGAUGCUAACGAACCCCCAGGAGAGAAUAAAAUCAAGGCGGCAGGGUGCGGAGGAAGGCGCUGAGAACCAACACGCGUGUCCCGUUAAUGUCAUGUCACAGGGCCGGGACAAUUUCUACAAAGACAAAACGCUGUGCUGUUCUUAACAAAGGUUUGUUUAUGUUCGACAAGGUGACAGAGAGAAUGAUAGCUGUCAACAAAUGACUUGGCUGAUAUGUUCUUCAUCUGAGUUCCACGAAAAAUUUUGAGAGAAAUCAGUGUCACAAUGAGUGGAGACAGAGUAUACAGUGCAUGUCAUUUUGAAAAGCUGACAGACUGGUGAAAAAAUAGAUUUGGUAGAUGUCAUUCGUUGUAUCAUCAAUUACAAUGAUUGUGUGUGUCUUAGGAUUUGAUCAAUUUCAAUCUUGUUGAAACUGGAUUGAUAGAUUACAAUCUUUGUACCAUCACAUAAACUGUAUCAUAGACUCUUAUACAAUAUAUUUACAAUUAUAAAUUUUUUUUUAACUCCCUUUUUUUGUUCAACUUCAACUGAUUUUAAAAUGUUUUUUUUUGUAUGUGGUCAUUUCCUGUUUUGAUGAUGUUGAUAUGUACAGUAAAUAAUUUAUAUAUACUGUAGAAUUGCCUGGCCAGUGAUAUGAGAGCUGUAGCUCAGAGCUUAUCUUAUUUGUGUUCUUAUUCAUCCUCUUUAUUUAAACGCUUCAUGGGGAACUUUUGAAAUAAAUGACAUUGUACGUUAGACAGAAUGCAGUUAUCAAUCAACUGUAGAUUUUGAAUUGUAUGUCUGAAGAGGCCACAUGCAAAAGCUGCUAACUGCUAAGUAACUUCAGCUUGAUUUUGAGAACAAAGUUUUGUUUGUUUUGUUAAUGAACAUUCCAUUAUGUAGCAAACGUGUCAUUCAGAUUUUUGUCAACCAACAUUAUAUGAUGUCACGAGCAUAGAAUUCAUAUUUUUGAUCAGUAAACAUAUAGAAUUAAACAAAGGUUAUGAUUCACUCAAUUAAACAAAAUAUUUUAGAUUGGCACUUAACAAAUAUUAUUUUUAUGAUGUUUUUAAAAAAAAAAAAAAGAGCUCUUUACACCAAUAUUUGGAUUGUAUAAAAAUAAAAAUAUUUUGAAGCAUGACUUGUGCCAGAUGAUAUUGGCUGUAGAACUUGACCUGUCCAUGACAUGACAUUGAAAAUGUUUUUCUUUGUGAUACCAGUAUUUUGUUUGCUUGCUCGGCUUAUAAAAAAAUAAAAAUAAUAUAUGCUUACUUUUAAAAGAUCAUAUACAUAUCUAUUUGAUACAUACAUUUGAUUUGUCUGAUUUCUUGGUACCACAUCUGUUAUCUAUGUUUCUGUUUCUAGUUUUUAUUACGUAGG